AUGGCCUGGCAUUGGACACUGCUCUGCCUCGUCUUCUCUCCACUGGCACCCGCAUCGGAAUAUGGCUUGCCCAAAUUUAUCUGCAGUCCUAUGCCACUGGACAUGGAUAAUGGCUGCCAGUCCACCAGCCAGCAGCGACAUGGAGCAGGGGCGAACAGUGGGGGCAACGGGCACUGGGUAGGGACUCUAGAAGAAGCCAAGGAAACAAUCCUGCACCUGCGGGAGACGGUGGUGCACCAGAAGGAGAUGAUUUUGGACCAGAGGGAGACGGUGCGAGAGUUGACGGCCAAACUGAGCCGCUGCGAAGUCCAUUCCCGGAGGCAUGGGGAGCACCAUAGUGGUCACCAUGAAGACAAUCAUAGCCAUAGCCAUGGCCAUGGGCAUCUUGAGGGGGUCCACCGAGGCCAUCAUGAGAGUGGGCAUCAUGAGGGUGGGCAUCGGGCCCAUCAUGAGAAUGGUCACAGGGGACACCAUGAGAAUGCACAUCAGAGUCACCAUGAGGAUGGUCAUCAAGGUCAUCAUGAAGAUGGUCAUCAAGGUCACCGUGAGGAUGGCCACAGGGGACAUCAUGAAGCUGGCCACCGAGAUCCCCAUGAAAGCAUCCAUGCCAGGGAGAAUGAGUACCACCAUUUUGGACAACGGGAGCACCAUGAAUUGCAGGUGGGGCACACCUCCCAUGAUGCCUUUCGCAAGGGGGCUGCGGCUGCCAACACCAUGGAAGAUCCACCCAAGGAGACAUCUGCUGGGGUUCACCAGAUGGAGAGGAUGCUGGAAUCACUCAAGGAGAGACUGGAGCAUCUACAGCACAAUCGGAACAGCUCUGUCUUCUCCACGUCACUGCGCGAUGCUCUUCAGAAAAAGAUAAGCAUCUUGGAGCACCAGAUCCAUGAGAAAUCAAACACUUCUGAGCCUCAUGAACACAGUGUGCCAACAGCUGCAGGGCUAAGACACAAGCCCGUGUCCCAUGGACACAGUGUUGAGAAAGCUCAGUUCCACAUCUCUGAUCCCCUCUGUCCUCCAGGGCACAAGGUGGAGAAGCAUUCUGAGGAUUUCCGUGUUGGCUUUCCCCUCCGCACCAAUUAUAUGUACGUUAAAGUGAAGCGUACUCUCCACCAUGAGAUCUUUGCCUUCUCCAUCUGCCUCUGGCUCAAAUCCAGUUCAGCACCUGGGAUGGGCACACCCAUCUCAUACUCUGUGCCAGGCCAGGCCAAUGAAGUGGUGCUUAUUGAAUGGGGGAAUAACCCAAUGGAACUGCUCAUCAAUGACAAGGCUGCCACGUUGCCACUGGCCAUUAACGAUGCUAAGUGGCACCACAUCUGUGUGACAUGGUCAACUCGUGAUGGCAUUUGGGAAUCUUACCAAGAUGGGGUCCGGAGAGGGAGCGGAGAGAACCUGGCUCCUUGGCAUCCUGUGAAACCUGGGGGUGUUUUCAUACUGGGCCAGGAGCAGGACACUCUUGGUGGCCGUUUCGAUGCUACUCAAGCCUUCAUUGGGGAGAUCUCAGAUUUCAACAUGUGGGGCCACAUUUUGACGCCAGGCGAGGUUUACAAGAUGGCGACCUGCACUAGUCACAUUGGUGGUGACCUCAUUAACUGGGCUGAGGCCUCCAUGGAGCUUCAUGGAGGAGUGGUUAAACUACCUUUUAAUGCCUGCCACUGAGGAGCCAUGUAGGAAUAGGGACUUCUGAGUGCUGUGGGAAGAGAGCGAAAUCGAAUGCAUUUAAGAUAGCAGGUGGGGCUUUGAACAAGGACCCCAGGAUUCCCUGAGAGACAAAGGCAUCCCAUGGCUUUUUUUUUUUAAAGGUAGGGUUGGGAACCAUAAUUCCUGAGUUCCUUGGAGGAUGAGCAGGGUUAUUCAGUUUGGGACAGGGGUGGAGCUUCUUUCAGUGCUACUGGGCUCUCUGGAAGGAGAAUAGGGUUUAGCAGUAUUGUACAGAAAGGCUUUAGGGUCUGGGAGACAGCACUUCUGAAUUCUCAGCAAGGGUGCCUGAUUCCUUUUCUUUUCUUUUUGAGUAAGCAAAUUUUUGGAGCAUUGGUAUCUGUUUUAUCAAGUGGUUCUAUGGAUCUGAGGGCAUUGUGAAAUAAGAAACAUCCCCAAAUGUUAUAUGGAGCCAUGUUAUGAAAUUUUAUUUUGAAAUUACCAACAGUUCUUUGCUCCUGUGUUCUCAUGAUGGGAAGUAUGGAUAUAUCAGAUGGAACUAAGAGACGGUUUAGGUCUUUUUCAGGGUCUUAAUUAGAUAGACUUGCAGAAGGUGGCUGGAAGAGUUGGACCAUCUAUACUUUGGCAAACCAAGCUGUGCAACUAUCUCCCAACUAGGAAGCACAAGUUUUGGUUUUGUCUUGAGGCUUCCUUCUGUUGCCUUUGUGGAACAUGCUUCGCAGGAACUGAAGGAACAGUUGCAUAUUUCUUCCUGAUUCUUCUACCCAAAUGAUGCUCCUUUUGAGGAAUUAGAUAUGGACACCUUGACUUGGAAGAUCUGGCAAUAUCCAGCACUCCUUCUUCUGCAAGAUCCUCGUGUUUUGUUUUGUUUUUAAACCAACCUAACCAGCAAUUGGUGAACACAUACCUUCUCUCAUCUGUUUCCUCCAAUAGGGAACAGCUCCCUGCCUCAUUCCAAGUGCAUCAGCCAGUCACAUGUGCCCCACACAUCUAGUGGGUGAUUUGAAAUUCUGUACAGAAAUGAAGUCCUUUGAGGAUAUCCCAAAGCUCAGGGGGAUCGGUUUCUGGUCCUGCUGUUGACUUUAAUUGCUCCAUUCUCCAAGUCAGGAAUCACUUGCAAGAUCUGGGCCUGCCUAUUGGAUUUGGAAAGGAUCUCUAGGAACAUAUUGCUCUCUUUAUCUUAUAAAUAUAUACAAAUAUAAAUACAAAUAUAAAUAUAAUAUGUCUACACACAUAUAUGUAACGUGUGCCUCUACACAGAUGCAUUUCUCUUUGGAUGGAUUCACACUACCACUUUUCUGUUCCCCCCACCCCCAACUCUGCUGGUUUCAGUUUAAUCAGCUGAAUUUGCAUGUAUAACACUCCUUUUGUAAGUGGUUUGACAUACGUCCACCAGUAUCAGGAAACCUUUAUUUGAAAGUCUUCCAAAUAUGGAUUGACCAUGUAAUCUAGACAUGGAUGUGACCAAAACCAGGAGCCAGUGUGCAUAACCCUGGAAGCAUGUUGAAAUGUGGGUUGAUGGUAUAAUAUCAGAUACUGGAGGCAUGAUAAAGCCACACUGCACAUCACUGUAAAUUAGAUAAUUUCUUCAUGAAAUGGCAGUAUAGAACAUCUCUGUGUUUUUUGUUGACUGGAUUCUGAUAUGCCAUAGCUAAGAGAAUGGCUGAAUGUUACAUCACUCGUACAAACCCCAAUUCAGCGCUUAACAGGCUCAACCCACAUGCAGGUUGACUUGCAUAGUGCCAGAAUAUGGAAUGAUGCAAGACAACAGUCCAAGAAAAUAAGCUUUGCCUGGCCAUGUACUCGAGGCCAUAAAUCCACUCCAGUCCCAUGCAUGCAAUUUCAACUCAGACUGACCUGAAAAGGACAAUAUGGGUUGGGAAAUAGAUGGGAAAGUAAUUGAAUGAAUCUGUUCCAUACCCACUAUCAUAAUAGAUCAGUUACAUUGUCCAAUAGGUUGGAUUUUCCCCCUGCCUUUGUAAAUAGGGGAAUACGAAGAUCUUAUGGUUAAGAAAAUGGGAGUCAGAAGAAAAUUUAGACUCUCUGGAAAGAAACAUGAGGUUCAGCACAUUGGAACAGGUGAACCUGGAAACCAGGCUUCUGGGAGAGAAGUUGUGUCUGUGUCCAGUGCAGGGCUGCCCUCCAGCUCCCAUCACCCCUAGCCACAGUGGCCAAUAGUCAGGGAUUAUGGGAGUUGUAGUCCGACAUCCAUGCAGGAGGGCCGAGCUUGUGCAGCCAAAACAGAUGUGUUGGUGUUUCCCUUGUUCUCCUUUAAAGCAUCUAUAGGACCUCUGGUUUUGAAUGGAACAAUGGUGCUGGGAGAGGAGUGCUUAACUCUCUCCCUAGUGCCAUUUCCCUGAACUAAAUUAUCUCCUCCCCAAAACUGCUCUUAUACCCAGUGUGGGGGAGGGGACCAGGUUCCUGUCCUUAUCUCACUGUGGGUCCAAUACAGCAGAUGCAAUGAGCAGCAGGUGAGAGCUGGUGUAGUAGACUGAGCUAUGAAUUAGGAAGUUCCUGGUUCGAAUCUCACUUCUUCCAUGAACUUGCUAGGUGGCCUUAAGCAAGCCACUACCUCUCAGCCUCAGCUGCUCUCCAGCUGUAAUAUGGGGAUGAUAAUAUUUGCUUACCUUGCAGGGUUGUUGUAAGGAUUACAAUCUGGCAAUACAUGUGAAGUUCUGUUAAUGUCCAAAAACUCUAUAUAAAUCCUAAACAUUAUGAUGAUGGAUCUCCGGGGCCACAUUUGUUGUGGUCUUAUUAAGAUGCGGGGUCUAGAAGCCAGAACUCCUGGGUUCUCUGGAAGAGGUAAGGGAUGUAGCAGUCCAGAGCUGAGAAUGCUUGCUCAAAGAACACCAAAUGUCUUCUCUUGUAUGUUUGCUUGUAUGUAUGUACAUACAUAUUAUAUAAAAUUAACAUAGGGUUUUCUAUCUCUCGCUUUGUAAAUACUUGAUCUUUCUGGGUGUUGAUAGUAUAUGUUUUAUGUGCAAAAGGGGAAUGGGUGGGACAUUAUUGUCUUUAAUUUUCUUACUCCAAACUGGUUGCAAUAAAUCUGCCAAAGAAA